UCCAUUUCAAGUGCAUAAUCCCUUGAAAUAUAUUAAUGGUGAGAGGAACGUUAGGUUUGCCAAACCAUUCCCUUUGCUUUGUAUUUUUUGUCCAUCUCUAAAAUGUCCGCAUCCUACAGAAGAAAUUCAAGCGCACCUGUUCUCCGAUCACCAUCGUCACCGCCAUCUUCCUAUUCAUCUUCCAGCUUCGCUACCACUUCCUUCCAUCGAUCCACGUCGUCUACAUCUGUCGCUGGAGAGGCGGUUAAACGGCAUAACCAACGGAAGAAGCGAACAUGUAUGUGCUCUCCGUCAACACAUCCCGGCUCAUUCCGGUGUAGACUCCACAAGAACUCUACCUCAUCCAAGACAUCCACAUCGAAUCGACAUAAUGUGCGGAGAUCUGCAAUGGCGAAUUCGCUUGUGAGAAUCAGCCGUCUUGAAGGAGAGCUUGUUAAGAGAGCGCUGGAAGCGCUGAUUCGGAGGUGUUCGUAUAACCAGCGCAGACGUUGCAAUUUCCAGCCAAGACCUAGCAGAUUCUCUGUCAUGUCUAAAGUUGAAGAAGUUGCAUGAAUCAUUCUAUGUCUACAUUGUUGAACAAUUCCGACAGAUAUAUCUUUGUUCUGUUUGUAGAUAAUUCGUAUUGAUAUUCAGAUUGUAGAGUAAGAUGCUGACAAAUUAUUAAUUUCUUGCAAAAUGUUGCAGCCUUUGAUGGCAAUCAGGUUCAAUUCUUUGAAUUUUGAUACCCUAGGAGAAUCAAGAGAAUCGUCUCGUGUAAAAAUUUGACAAAGCCUUUAAAAUU